AUGGACAUCGCUGACUCAAUCUCAUUUUAUUUCAAUUUUGGGAAAGGCCAUUACUUCGUUCUUGAGUGCUCCGGUGAAUGUCGCGGGAGACGUGGGCCGAGAGGCCAGCGAGGACGGACUGGGUCAAAAGGACAGCCAGGCCCUAAAGGACCAAGGGGACCCCCGGGAGAAAAUGGGCGAGAUGGACGGAAUGGGCAACCAGGACCUAUAGGAAUUCCUGGACCCCCAGGAAUAAGUGGACCUAUAGGAAACAAGGGAAUCAUGGGACAAAAAGGAGAACAAGGACUUCGUGGCCCAUCCGGUAUUCCUGGCCUUCCCGGUCUACCAGGGAGUUGUGUGAGAUCAGCGCCAUCCAACACCACUACCCCCACAGUAUUUUGUGGACUAGGUAAACAAGGUCUUAAAGGAAAUAAAGGGGAUAACGGAAACCGUGGAUUACCGGGCCCCCCUGGGUCGCGAGGAAACAGAGGCCCACGAGGAAAUUUGGGUAAUGGAGGCCCCCCUGGGAAAAAGGGUGACAUUGGGCCCCCAGGCAACUUUCCUGAUCUGGAAUGUUUCCCUCGGUACACCAGUUGGGUAAAUAGAAGUGAGUGGUUCGAUAAAUAUCCCAAGGUGCAUUGUGAUAGGAGAGAAUUCUUACAAGGCUUCAGUCUGGAAAAAAGCGAUGCUCGCGGGCAGAGAAGAUACAAAUACACUUGUUGUACACUUGGACUGACCAAUGGUCCUUGAAAAGCUCAGCAAAUGAACUGAGCGAAGACCAAAAUAAAAACAGCCAACAGGCAUCGACUCGACUCACAACAAACAAUGGACGGAAAUUUUGAUUGAUGACAAAGUUGAAGAUAGUAUCUCUGAAGAAACAUGAGAUAAGACAAAAGGAUUUUUUAUGCAUUGAAAUGAAGAUACAUAUAGUUAACACCUGUGGGAGAACAUUUCUUGACCGUCCGUGCCCACGUAAAAAACUCACCAGCAGUAGUCAAGUGUAAUCAGAAGCCAGAAAUUAUUGCUCCUGACGUAGGCCAUUACAUUUGAUGUAAUCUUCCGCAGAAAUUGUAGAUAUAGAGUCAUAAAGAAACCAAAUUGAAGUGCAGUCGGCUUUCUAUCAGCAUUGCGCUAAACGAUAGACGGAAAGAUAUUUGCUUCCAAAUCACGUUAUCUUAGUCUUUAAAAAUAAGAACAUGUAUCAUCAUGCCAUAUUCACCAUCAUGACGAUUAACUGCACAUAGUGCGCAGUGAAUUAGGAUUUCAGUUCUUUUUUAGUGUGUGGGCUAUCAGCUGGGCACUAAUGCAAGCAUUGAUUUGCCUCCAAUAAGAAAUUGAGAUAGAAGACAGUUACAGAUCAUUAGAGUUACUUAACCACACUCCAAAAUAAAUGUGAUAGUUACGAUGCUAGAGCCUCGGACUAUUAAAAAAACGCUGCUCUUACUACCGUCAUCGUAAGAAUUAACAGAAGAAAGCUAUUAAAGCUUGAGCUGCACACGUACUUAAGUGUUUGGACAGCAGUCAGCCCGAGUUACCAAAUUCUGGACCAUUCAUUCUAGUCAACGUUUCUGUCGCACGACAGAAGGAUUUUAGCGUCAGGUGACAAAAUAUCUCAGAAGGGUCACACGAGGCUGCUAAAAUAUUUGCAUCGAGAAGGAUUUAUAUAAUGUAAAGAAAUAUUGAAUGUCUUUUUCCUCUG